AUGCAGGCGACGAACUCUUGUUCAAAUGCUUUGCUCAAAAAUGAUCUCACAAGCUGUUCUUUGUCGAAACACUUACCCUCUGCAGAUGUACCAUUCAUCAAAAACUCUUCGCACAAGAAGACGAGUAAAAGGACACUGGGAGAGCUUGCAAAUACCGUUGCUUACUCGCUGCCGAUCACGUGUGAUAAAGCACUAGAGGAAGGAAUAAUCGAGCCAAACGUCGUCGAACAGUGUCGGCCUCGGUUGGUAACACCAGAAACGGGUCCCGUGCAGCCUCAUGGCGCUACCUAUCCAGCCAGCAACCAUGACACUGAGACAACAGUAGGAUCCGUUUUAACCGUUAUCCCAAGUGAAGGGUUCGCCGUCACAUCUCCCUCCGACCAGAUCUCUCAAUCCUACUGGUCUGGUUAUGCUGUUGCUAGUCAGCCUGACACUCAGCAAGACUAUUCUCAAUGGCCCGGAUAUGCCUUUACUACCAAUGCUACACAGUCCGGGAUCCAGCAGGACAAUUCUCAAUGGCUGGGAUAUGCCUUCCCCAACAAUGCUAGUCAUUCCGAGACUCAGCAGGACUAUUCUCAGUGGCCCGGAUAUGCCAUUCCCCCCAAUGCUAGUCAGUCCGAAAAUCAGCAGGAGUAUCCUCAAUGGCCCGAGUAUGCCAUUCCCAAUAAUGGUGGCCAGUCUGAAACUGAACCCAAUUAUUCUCUGUGGCCCGGAUAUGCCAUCUAUGGCGGUAGUAAUCCAGCUGAGACUCAACAAGAAAUCUCGUCACCCACGUACGUUUCCUCGACUCCUGCGAUCGACUACACUUAUUUUACAACUGUACCAUACGAUUCCUCCACUACACCUACAACUGCCAUUCCACUGACUUCGAUGGGCCGACCUGUUGGGCCUUCGUACAAUACGCUCAAUGGCCAAUAUCCAGUCGGCUAUCAGGAACGGACACGCCGUCCGUAUACUAUAGGGAAAUUCGGAACAUGUGAGUUAUUGCUUCGCCAUCCUUUUGACUCACUUCCAGGGAAUUUUUCCUGUAUAUGUCAUGGCAGUGUAUGA